AUGUCUUUUUCCCAAUUUGGAUAUCCUUACAGCACGACUUCGCAGUUUUUCGUCUCAGCCGCUCCCACCACGACCUGCUGCGACUCGGCGCCCAGGGCCGCCUCGGAUGUGUCCUCCGGCUCUGCCCAAACAGCCACCCUUCGCUGCCCCUCGUACGAGAAUCGCCUGCUGGCCAGCUCCAGGACGGAACUCGAUGCGGCUCUGGGCAUGUACGGCUCGCCCUACGCAGCUGCGGCCGCCGCCAGCCAAGGCUACGCCAAUUACCUCCCUUACAACGCGGAUCCGUCCACACUGUACACUACGCUGAACUCUCAGUACGAGAUCAAGGAAGGCACCUCAACUUUACAUCCGGGAAUUCCUCAGCCGGGUGCUGCUUAUUACACCUAUGAACAUUCCUUGGGGCAGUACCAAUAUGACAGAUAUGGAACUGUGGAUUUCAGCAACUCAGCCAGGCGCAAGAAUGCUACUCGAGAGACUACCAGCACCCUCAAGACGUGGCUGUAUGAACAUCGGAAGAAUCCCUAUCCUACCAAAGGCGAGAAGAUCAUGUUGGCAAUCAUCACCAAAAUGACCUUGACCCAGGUAUCAACUUGGUUCGCCAAUGCCCGGAGGAGGCUCAAGAAAGAGAACAAGAUGACCUGGUCUCCCAAAAACAAAGCAGGAGAAGAGAGGAGAGAGGACGACAGGAGAAACGGGGAUGAUUGUAGCAGUGAAAAUGAAGACAAAGAUCCCAAAAGCUGCAAAGAAGAAAAGGAUCUACGGCUCAGUGAUCUGGAGGACCUGGAGGAUGAGGAACCGGAUCCCAAGGCCGAAGCUGAGCCAAAGCAUUCCCAUCAAGAACCUCCAGCCAUCAUUGGCAGUGCCUUGGCCGAGUGUGAGAAAAGCAACUGCAACUUGACUCCCCCUAGCCAUUUCCAUGUGUUUUCCUGCACCAAGAGUGAUUUGGCGACUUCGGGGGACUUCUUUAGCCACAAGGGGACAACUGUAGCAAGCAACCUUGGUGGUCAUAGCCAAUCCUAUGAAACUCCAGAGAAGCCCAGGAUUUGGUCUUUAGCCCAUACAGCAGGUGCCAAUGUGAUUGUGGGACCCACAGCCAGCCCUAAUCAAAGGACAGAGAGCCCUGAUUGUCUGGUGAUCAGGGGAAGGCUCCCUGGGGCUGUAGGACAAUGCAGCGAGGAGAGGCCGCUCGGUGGACUUGUAAGAACGCAACCCAUUCAUGACAAGGCCUUGGAGGAGCUGAGUCAUCCCACCAAAAUCUUUAGGAAUUCUGCCUUCAACUUGCAGUCCAUCGCUCUAAACUGUGCUUCCUACCCUGUGCUAGGGGAGACCUGUCAAUAUUCAGCUGGAGCUGAAGGGUUUGGGAGAACUAUGAGAGCCGCUCACGGUUCUCUAGAUCUGAGCGAAGUUUGUCUCAGUCAGCAUAAGGACAAACUCCGAACAGCUUUCAGACCUGUGCUGAAGAGGUGA